UGUUAAGAAGAAGUAUUUUUUGUAGAAACUGCAGCGAGUAAUAGAAUUCGAACAACAAUGUCAAAAAUUGCCGCGAUAAGUUGUAUUAUUCUAGCUGUUUCCAUCAACUUUGAAGGAAUACAAGCUAACCUUCUUGGUAAACCGCUAGGUUCCUUACUAAAUAAUGUGCAAAAACAAUGGCCGGGUGGGUUUCAAAAUCCAAUAACAAAUGGAAUUAAAAGUCUACAAAAUAUUGGAAACGAUGCGUCCGAUUUAGUUACCGAAAGAAACGAGCUGAACAAUGAGAAUGAAGGAUUUGUAAAACAAGCUAGUAUUUUAACGUGCGUCAAGUUGUACAAUGAAGGACGUACGAUUUUUACUAAAUUGACAUCGAUUUUGAAAUCUUGCUUAUCAAGCGAAAUACAAGCAGUCGAUACUGAAAUUCAAGUAGUAGUAAAAUUGAUAAGCGAUCUGCAAAAGAAUAUAACAGAGAAAAUACAAGAGAUUCUAGCGCAACAUUCCGGAAAUAUUGUCACUGCAUUUCCGGAUCUCUUUAAGAAAUUCCAGGAAUUGUUCGGCGGUAAGCUAGGUUCCGCAAUUGAGGAUGUUCUUUCCAAGAUACUUCAUCUCCUUUCAACUUUAUCGAAUGUAGGGACAUGUUUUGAAACAUCAUAUGUUAAAGAUGUCCAACCAGCUGUACGUACCUUUAUCAAUGACGCAAGAGAAUGCUAUCAAAGCAUUCCGCGUUUGAUAAAAUAUUGAUGGAUUAAUGUAACAAUUUAUUAUCAUGCUGCAUUAUUAUAUUGUAAAUUACCACUAUGAGUUAUGCGGUAUGAAGCUUAUACUUUUUUUGAUGCUAUGCAUGCUUACCGAUCUAUGCAAUUAUUUACAUAUAUUCCAGAAUACGAAGCAAAGUAUAUAAUAACAUUGAUAAUAUUGUCACGGCUGUUUAUCUUUUAGUCAAAACUGAGAAAUUAAAUAAAGAUGAAAAUGUUACAUAAAUUAUAAAUAAUUAUACAAACAUUAAAAACAU